UGAUGAGGAAGACGGCUCAGUGCAGUUUUAGAAGUUAACUGGACGCAGAGAAGACAGUUUUUUUUGCAAUGUUGACCAUUUUCUUGAUUGUUUUGUUAAUUCUGGUAAUAUUUACACUGAAAUAUGUUUUCAGCAGCCCAGAGUCGAACCCGUUUGCAAAGGACUGUCGAGAACCGCUGAAAAAGAAAGUUUACGACGAAAAAACGAAAAAUAAAGUCCUGAAGCAAGGUUUCGUGGCCAGUAAAGUACCAGACAACCUGGAUGCAGUCAUCAUUGGUAGUGGCAUCGGUGGACUUGGCCUGGGUGUCCUUCUGGCUAAAGUUGGAAAGAAGGUUCUGGUUCUGGAGCAGCAUGAUCGGGCCGGGGGAUGCUGCCACACGUUCACAGAGAAGGGCUUUGAGUUUGACGUUGGAAUCCAUUACAUUGGUGAUCUGUUGGGCGACUCGCCUUUUCGCUGCAUGCUGGACCAGAUGACCAAUGGUCAGCUGCAGUGGGAGCCUCUGGAGAAGGCGUUUGAUCACGUUGUGCUGGGAUGUCUGGAAAACCGCCGCUCCUAUCCCAUCUUCAGCGGCAGCGCUCGCUACCUUGAGGAGCUGAAGAAGCGAUUCCCUGGAGAGGAGAAGGCCAUCGAUGAGUAUUUGAGGCUGGUGAAGAAAACCGAGUUUGGCUCCUGGCUCUUUGUUGUGCUGAAGCUCUGCCCCUUACCUUUGGCCAAGUUCCUGAUCCACACCGGCCUCGUCAAGCAUCUGUCUUUCUUUUUUAAAAUGGCGCCACGCAGCCUGAGAGACGUGGUCAACGAGCUGACGGAGAACAAGGACCUCAGAGCUGUCUUCACCUACAUCUUUGGCACCUAUGGUAAUAAGCCAAAAGAUGCCAGCUUUGCCAUGCACAGUUUGCUGAUCACUCAUUACCUAAACGGCGCCUGGUACCCUAAAGCUGGCAGCAGCGAGAUUGCUUACCACAUGAUUCCCAUCAUUGAGAAGGCAGGGGGCGCUGUUCUGGUGCGAGCUCCAGUCAACCGCAUCUUAUUUAAUAAUGCAAAGGAAGCUUGUGGUGUGAGUGUGUUGAAAGGUCAGGAGGAGGUGCAUAUAAAGGCCCCUAUGGUCAUUUCUGAUGCCGGUAUCUUCAAUACCUACGAGAACCUGCUGCCCAAGGAGCUCCAGGCCAUGCCAGAGAUCCAGAAGCAGCUCAGUUUGGUGAAACAUGGUGAAGGAGGUCUGAGCAUCUUUAUUGGUUUAAAUGGAACCAAGGAGGAGCUGGGCCUGAAAGCAAACAACUACUGGAUCUUCACUGAGAACAAUUUUGAUGAACUGAUGGAGAGAUAUUUAAAUGACGGAAGAGAACAGGCUUCUAAGAAAAUACCUCUGCUGUUUGUUGCUUCGCCAUCUGCCAAAGAUCCAUCGUGGGAGGAGAGAUCACCAGGAAAGUCUACUUUAAGUCUGGUUAGUUUUGUCAAAUACUCAUGGUUUGAGGAGUGGAAGGAUGAUAAAGUGACGAACAGAGGGUCUGACUACAAAGAGCUGAAACAAGCGUUCAUUGACUCUGCUCUGGAUGUGGUGAUGGACAUUUUUCCUAAAAUCACCAGGGACAAGAUUGAGUAUAUUGACGCUGGAACUCCCAUCACAAACACACACUACAUUGGCGCCCCAAAAGGUGAGUUCUACGGAGUGGACCACGGCAUCGCUCGGUUCAACCCUGAACUCAACGCUACAAUAAGACCUCAGACUCCUCUGAAGAACCUCUACCUGACAGGCCAGGAUGUGUUUUUGUGCGGUUUCGCUGGCGCUAUUGCCGGUGCGCUAACCUGCGGCUCGGUCAUUCUCAACCGCAACCUCCAUCUGGAUUCCUUCCUGUUGGCAAUGAAAACCAAAUAUAUAGACAAAAAGUUAAAAGACGAGUAGCUGGUUCUGUUUACUGAAAUUAAAUUGCAUUUGGCAGCAUCACAGCUCAAUAACACUAACAAGGGAUGAGCUAAAGCUCUUAUUAAAAAGUCAUAAUAUGCUGUCUCUUUGCAUUAGCAUGUUCAUUUUGCACUAAUUCAUGAUAUACUGGCUUUAAUAGUGAGUAAUGUAACACGGGCCUGAUGCAUGAGGCAGGGUGUUUUCAGCACUAAAAAUAAUGUUUUUGUCUUAAAUUUAUGUAUUGUGUGUUUCGAAUAGUGCUCGUUUUUAACAAUUUCAUUUGUUUGUUUUGUGUAAUAGGCUGCAAAUAAUAAACAUGUUAUAACACGUGCCUAACAAGUUUUCUUGUAUUUUCUUUCCCUCAAAACACUCCAUCCUCAUUAUAUUUAUGUUAGUCUUUUAUGUAUUUACACACAGACUCCAUGUUUUAUUUUUUGGCUGCAGCUGAAGGCAUCAGCAGGAACAGGGACACGUGUACCACGACUGGACGUCUGAAAAUGGGGACUUUAAGCUUUCUGAUUAGCUGGCGAUUAAAAGGGGUGUGAUUUAUUUUUUCUCAUAAUCUUUUAUGCUGGUCAGAGUUAUGCAAAUACAUUUUUCCACCGCUGGCGGGCGAUGGUGAAUUUGCUACGAGGAGACGAGCUAAGGUAAAAUAAUAAUUUUGUCGAAAUAAUAGAAGAUUCAGUGUUUUGAUGCUGCGAUAUAGCAACUUUAUGAAAUGUGGUUUUGUUGUGGUUCAUUUAAUUCCGUCGCGUUUCUUUUCAAAAAUAUAUAUUUUAAUAGCCACGCUGGCUAGCUUAUUCCGAGUGCAGCUAAAGCAAGAAAACGCGACAUAUUCAUUUGUUGUUGCUCCAAACUUAACUUAUUUCUCUAUAUUUCAGAUUAAACUCGCUGAAUUUAGGGGGAAAAUGGACUUUUGCCC